UUUUUUUUUCCCAAAAAAUUUUCUUCUUUCUUUCUCUUUUGAAUUUACCUUCUUGUAAUCCUCACCUCUUUGGGCUGGGGACAGCAAGGACCCUGCAGGACACCAUGGGGUGGAGCCGUGUGCACCCCUCCACUUACUUGUGGCUUCCUUCUGGUGGGAAAGGAGGGCUGUACCUGUGUCUGCCUCGGUCUCCCCAGGCAACAGUCAGUGUCCAGGUCAGCUCGGGCUCUGACUCCCGCUGGGGACAGAGGGCCACACAGAUGCUCCUACGGGAUGCUGGGGUUCAUGUUCCACCUUUGCACCCCAGAGGGACCUUGUGCCAGUGUGGGCGCCCCCGGAGUGCCCACCCCUCGGUGGCUGUGGAGGACGCCUUUGGGGCAGCUGUGGUGACCGUGUGGGACAGUGAUGUGCACACCACGGAGAAGCCCACCGAUGCCUACGGGGACCUGGAAUUCCUGGGUGCCGGCCGCAGGCCCAGCAAUUUCCUCCGGCUGUCUGACCGCACGGACCCAGCGACCAUUUAUAGUCUGGUCACCCGCACAUGGGGCUUUCGAGCCCCAAACCUGGUGGUGUCGGUCCUGGGGGGUUCGGGGGGCCCCGUCCUCCAGACCUGGCUGCAGGACCUGCUACGACGUGGGCUGGUACGGGCUGCUCAGAGCACAGGGGCCUGGAUUGUCACCGGGGGGCUGCACACUGGCAUCGGCAGGCACGUGGGGGUGGCGGUGCGAGACCACCAGACGGCCAGCACCGGGGGCAGCAAGGUGGUGGCCAUGGGUGUGGCGCCCUGGGGCGUGGUCCGGAACAGAGACGCUCUCACCAACGCCAAGGGCUCGUUCCCCGCGAAGUACCCAUGGUGGCGCGGUGACCGGGAGGACGGGAUCGAGUUCCCCCUGGAUUACAACUACUCGGCCUUCUUCCUGGUGGACGACGGCACGCACGGCCGCGUGGGCGGCGAGGACCGAUUCCGCCUGCGCUUCGAGUCCUACGUGGCGCAGCAGAAGACAGGCGUGGGCGGGACCGGAAUUGACAUCCCCGUCCUGCUCCUCCUGAUCGAUGGUGAUGAGAAGAUGCUGAAGCGGAUAGAGGACGCCACGCAGGCCCAGCUCCCCUGCCUCCUAGUGGCCGGCUCUGGGGGUGCCGCUGACUGCUUGGCUGAGACCCUGGAAGACUCUCUGGCCCCAGGGAGUGGGGGCGCCAGGCGAGGGGAGGCCCGAGACCGGAUCAGGCGUUUCUUUCCCAAAGGAGACCCUGAGGUCCUUCAGGCCCAGGUGGAGAGGAUCAUGACCCGGAAGGAGCUGCUGACCGUCUAUGCGUCGGAAGACGGCUCUGAGGAGUUCGAGACCAUCGUGUUGAAGGCCCUCGUGAAAGCAUGUAGGAGCUCUGAGGCCUCAGACUACCUGGACGAGCUGCGUUUGGCUGUGGCUUGGAACCGCGUGGACAUCGCCCAGAGUGAACUCUUCCGGGGGGACAUCCAGUGGCGGUCCUUCCACUUGGAGGCCUCGCUCAUGGACGCCCUGCUGAACGACCGGCCCGAGUUCGUGCGCCUGCUCAUCUCCCACGGCCUCAGCCUGGGCCACUUCCUGACGCCCGCGCGCCUGCCACCCCCGGCCGGAAAUGGCCAGCCCCAGCCACGCCUCCCGCGCCUGCAGGUUUUUCUGCUUUCUGAUUGGGCCAUCUCGGAACCCGCGCUGGAAGCCAGUUUGGGACACGCGCCCUGGAGCGACCUGCUCUUCUGGGCGCUGCUGCUCAACAGAGCCCAGAUGGCCAUGUACUUCUGGGAGAUGGGCUCCAACGCUGUGUCCUCUGCUCUUGGGGCCUGUUUGCUGCUCCGAGUGAUGGCCCGCCUGGAAACUGAGGCUGAGGAGGUGGCCCGGCGGAAAGAGCUGGCGGCCAAGUUUGAGAGCAUGGGUGUCGACCUCUUCGGAGAGUGCUACCGCAGCAGCGAGGAACGGGCCUUCCGCCUCCUCCUCCGUCGCUGCCCGCUCUGGGGCAAUGCCACCUGUCUGCAGCUUGCCAUGCAGGCUGAUGCUCGAGCCUUCUUUGCCCAGGAUGGGGUCCAGUCGCUGCUGACGCAGAAGUGGUGGGGGGAGAUGGACAGCGCCACCCCCACCUGGGCCCUGGUUCUCGCCUUCUUCUGCCCCCCACUGAUCUACACCAACCUCAUCGCCUUCAGGAAACCAGAAGAGGAGUCCACACAGCAUCAGAGGAGCCCUGACGUUGACAUGGACAUACACGUUAAUGGGGAGGGUCCCCUUGGACCUAGCGACUCCCCGGGGAAGGUACAGCCGCGGGGCCGAGGUGGCCGCUGCUCAGGGCGCCGCUGCCUGUGCCGCUGGACUCACUUCUGGGGGUCGCCAGUGACCGCCUUCGUGGGCAACGUGGUCAGCUACCUGCUCUUCCUGCUGCUCUUUGCGCGUGUACUGCUGCUCGACUUCCAGCCGGGGGCGCCGCGGCUCUGGGAGCUGCUGCUGUACUUCUGGGCCUUCACUCUGCUGUGCGAGGAGCUGCGCCAGGGCCUGGGUGGAGGCUGGGGGAGUCUGGUCAGCGGAGGUCCCCGGCCCGGGCACGUCCCGUUACGCCACCGCCUUCAACUCUACGUGGCCGACACCUGGAACCAGUGCGACCUGCUGGCCCUCACCUGCUUCCUGCUGGGUGUGGGCUGCCGGCUGACCCCGGGUCUGUAUGACCUGGGCCACACCGUGCUGUGCCUUGACUUCAUGAUCUUCACACUGCGGCUGCUGCACAUCUUCACUGUGAACAAGCAGCUGGGGCCCAAGAUCAUCAUCGUGAACAAGAUGAUGAAGGACGUCUUCUUCUUCCUCUUCUUCCUCGGUGUCUGGCUGGUUGCCUACGGCGUGGCCACUGAGGGGCUGCUAAGGCCCCGCGACCGUGAUCUCCCCAGCAUCCUGCGCCGUGUCUUCUACCGGCCCUACCUGCAGAUCUUUGGGCAGAUCCCCCAGGAGGACAUGGACGUGGCCCUCAUGACGCCCACGAACUGCACGUCCGAGGAGGGCGCCUGGGCUCAGCCUCCGGGGCGCCAGGCGGGCUCCUGCGUCUCCCUCUACGCCAACUGGCUGGUGGUGCUGCUCCUCGUCGUUUUCCUGCUGGUGGCCAACAUCCUACUGCUGAACCUGCUCAUCGCCAUGUUCAGCUACACGUUUGGCAAAGUACAGGGCAACAGCGACCUCUAUUGGAAGGCACAACGCUACAGCCUCAUCCGGGAGUUCCAUUCUCGGCCUGCACUGGCCCCGCCUCUCAUCAUUAUCUCUCACGUGCGACUCCUCUUGAGGCGCCUGCGCAGGAGCCGAAGGUCCAACAAAUUUGCCUCUCCGGAGCACUUCCGUGUCUACCUCUCCAAGCAAGAUGAGCGGAUGCUGCUGACAUGGGAGUCGGUGCAUAAAGAGAGCUUCCUGCUGGCCCGCGCGCGGAACAAGCGGGACAGCGACUCUGAGCGGCUGAAGCGCACGUCUCAGAAGGUGGAUACUGCGUUGAAGCAGCUGGGGCAAAUCCGCGAGUACGAUAGGCGUCUGAAAGGGCUGGAGCAGGAGGUCCAGCACUGUAGCCGUGUCCUGGACUGGGUGGCCGAGGCCCUGAGCCGCUCCGCCGUGCUGCCUCCAGGCGGGCCGCCAGCCCCUUCCCGGCCCGGGCCGAAAGGGACUUGGGGCCUUUCCUUCAGUGAUGGGGACUCAUUCACACCCACACCCUUCCUGGCUGAGCCAGUGGAUGGAAGCCGACCCAUCUAAACUACAAACCACAGAAUGCUGGGGACACCAUUUACUUGGGCUACGCUGUGUGUAAUGUUCCCAGGGAGCUCUGCUAUGUGAGUGAAAACUGCUUCUUAAAUUUGU